AUGUACAGAGGAUCACGUAAAAAGUUCAAGCAGCCAGUUGCGUUUUAUUUGACUAAUGGUAACAUGGACAGUACAAAUUUAUCAAUAAUUAUCAAAGAAGUUAUUAAAGCAGUUCAGUCAACAGGACUUAAAGUAGUAUCUACCAUUUGUGAUCAAGCUCCAACAAAUGUUGCAGCAAUUAACCGAUUACUUAAAGAAACAAAUGAGAAGUAUGCAACAGAAGAUAAAGAAGGUCGAAGAUUUGGUUUUGAAAUAGGAACUCAAGGAAUUAUACCUCUCUAUGAUGUACCACAUUUGUUGAAAGGUCUACGAAAUAAUUUAGUUUCAAAAGAUCUUAAUUUCACAUAUGAUGAUAAGCAGAUGAUUGCAUCAUGGAAACAUGUCAUUGAAUAUUAUGAACUAGACAAGAACCAAAGUACUGGAGGGGAUCGUCUAGCCCCAAAGCUGACAGAUCACCAUAUUUAUCCUCAAAAAAUGAAAAAAAUGAAAGUUUCAUGUGCUGCUCAAGUAUUUAGCCAAAGAGUCGGUGCCAUUAUGAAAAGGUUGCCUGUGUUGUUGAAUACAUCAAACAAUCAGAGUCUACAGAAAAAAGUUCAAUCUACUGUAGAAGAUACCGAACACUUGUGUUUAUUCAUAGGUAACUUAUUCGAUGUGCCAAUGGCAAUACAAUUAAACCAGUUGCUGGAAAAGAAUUGCGAAGUGCAGUUACUUUAA